AUGGCCAGGAGCCCGUGGCCGCCCCAACGGGAGCGCCGCUUCGAAGUCUGGCGGGACUACCUGCAGCUGGCCCGCCUGGUGGCGGAGAUGGGCAGGCAGGCGGCCCCGGGGACGCGGGAGGUGCCGGCCGAGGCCGGCUCCCCCGGGGCGGCGGCGGCGGGGUGCAACUUCUGCUCCUUCUGCAAGCACAACGGGGAAUCGCGGGGCGUGUACGCCUCCCACCGCCUCAAGGACCCCGAGGGCCGGGUGAGCUGCCCCAUCCUCCGGCAGUACACCUGCCCCCAGUGCGGGGCCACCGGCGACGCGGCCCACACCCGCCGCUUCUGCCCCCUCACCCGGCGGGGCUACACCUCCGUCUACAGCAGCAGCCAGCGGAACUCCGCCGGCAGGAAGAAGAGGAAGGUUUAA